CACGGAGCGAGCAGCGGGACGGCGUCCGGAAACACCCGAAGAUGACUGAUACGGCUAUCUCCUUCGCUAAGGACUUCCUCGCCGGCGGCAUCGCCGCUGCCAUCUCCAAAACAGCCGUAGCCCCCAUUGAGAGAGUGAAACUUCUCCUCCAGGUGCAACAUGCCAGCAAACAGAUCACAGCCGACAAGCAGUACAAAGGCAUUGUGGACUGCAUUGUCCGCAUCCCCAAAGAGCAGGGCUUCCUUUCCUUCUGGAGAGGCAACUUGGCCAAUGUCAUCAGAUACUUUCCCACGCAAGCCCUCAACUUUGCUUUCAAGGACAAGUACAAGAAGAUUUUCCUGGACGGCGUAGACAAGCGCACGCAGUUCUGGAGAUACUUUGCAGGUAACCUGGCGUCCGGCGGCGCAGCGGGGGCCACGUCGCUCUGUUUUGUCUACCCACUCGACUUUGCCAGAACGCGUCUCGCUGCCGACGUGGGCAAAGCGGGGCAGGAACGUGAGUUCAAAGGCCUGGGUGACUGCUUGGUGAAGAUCUUCAAGUCUGAUGGCCUCAAAGGUCUGUACCAGGGCUUCAACGUCUCAGUGCAGGGCAUUAUCAUCUACAGAGCAGCCUACUUUGGCGUCUACGACACAGCAAAGGGCAUGCUCCCAGAUCCCAAGAACACACACAUUGUUGUGAGCUGGAUGAUCGCUCAGUCUGUAACUGCCGUCGCCGGUCUCGUGUCCUACCCCUUCGAUACCGUCCGUCGUCGUAUGAUGAUGCAGUCUGGACGCAAAGGAGCUGAUAUUAUGUACACCGGCACCCUGGACUGCUGGAGGAAGAUCGCACGUGAUGAAGGCAGCAAGGCCUUCUUCAAAGGAGCCUGGUCCAAUGUGCUCAGAGGCAUGGGAGGAGCCUUCGUGCUCGUCUUGUACGACGAGCUUAAGAAAGUCAUCUAAGUUGAUUGUGUCUCUCCACUGUUCAUGUUGUUAAAUUUAUCUGUAACAUAUCUUGUACAUUUGGAAGGACUUAAAUACCUGAGCUAUAUGUUUAUAGGGGACCAACUAGUAUUUUUUUACUAGUUGUACCAGGGGAAUCUGUUAUACACUUGUGUUUUUUUUUUUUUUGGCCCAUUCUUUUCCUUUUUCUUUUUUUUUUGCCCCUCACAAGAAUUUCAUUCCCUGACUGCAAGAACUUUGCCAGAAUAUGAGAAAUAAAGGCAACCUACUGCGUGAACCUCCUA